UUAAAGACUCAAGUUAGGGUUUUCCAAAAACGAGAGCUAACCCCCACCAGACAAAAAAAAGAUGGAGGAACCGAGCAUCAGUGAGUUCCAAGAUGAGUUGAUCCUGAAGAUAUUCUCAUUGCUUCCGCUUUAUGAAGAGAGCAUUGCAACACGUCUCUUAAACAGAUUACGAAUGGAGGGUCCAUGGAAACUGGUGCCGAAUGUCAGCGUGUUUGAUGAUUCAUAUAAGAGUUUUGUGAACUUUAUGAGUUUUGUUUACGCAUCUUUGUUGUUCAACGAGUCUCAAAUUCUAGAGAGGUUUCAUCUCAUGCUUAACCAGAAAUAUUCAGCUUCAGACAUCAACGUUUUGGUUAAAUUUGCGGUUAACCGGUCCGUGAGAAAGCUGAGGAUUCAGACGUUUGAGAAUACCCUAGAACUGCCGAGUUGCUUGAGUAGUUGCGUAACCCUCAAGUCAUUGAUACUCCGUCAACUAAGCAUCGAGGUUGUUCCUUCUUGCUUUCGCUUGCCAUCUCUCAAAAGUCUCCACCUUUUCUCGGUCGAGUUCUCAGGUGACGUGUCUCUUGCAAGUCUUUUACAAUCGUGUCCGGGUCUUGAAUACUUGGUUGUAAGGGAUGUGAAGUUCAAGACUGUUCCGCGUUGGUUUCAGUUGUCCUCUCUGAGAAGCCUGCACCUUCUUUCGAUCUCGGGCUGCGAAUCUGUUGCAAGUAUGUGCCCUUUUCUUGAAGAUUUGGUUGUGAAACAAUCCCAAGUAUUCAAUCAUUAUGAGCCUACUUUGAUCACUUGCAGAACACUAAAAACAUUGAUACUCCGUGAACUAACUAUCAGUGUUGUUCCAGCUAUGUUUUGCUUGCCAUCACUCAAAACUAUGCACCUUUUAUCUGUUGGGUUCACGGGAGGCGAAUCAGUUGCAAGUCUUUUACGAAUAUGCCCUGUUCUUGAAGAUUUGGUUGUGAAACAAACACAAGUAACCCAUAGUAACGAGUGUACUCUGAGUAGUUGCAGAACACUAAAAACGCUGACGCUCAGUGAACUAAGUAUCAAGGUGGCUCUGCCUUGGUUUCGCUUGCCAUUGCUCAAAACUCUGCACCUUUUAUCGGUCAAGUUCGAAACUAUUGCAAGUUUCUUACCAAUUUGCCCGCUUCUUGAAUAUUUGGUUGUAGACCAAUCCAAAGAAGACGGCAGUGUGGUGUUCAAGGAAGUUCCGCAUUGGUUUCGCUUGCCAUCGCUCAAGAGUCUGCACCUUUUAUCGGUCAAAUUCUCGGGGGACGAUUCAGUUGCAAAGCUUAUACGAAAUUGCCCGGUUCUUGAAGAUUUGGUUAUAAACAAAACCAGAGAUGACAAUGUGAUGAUAUUCAACAUCAAGGCAUUUUCAUUGAGGAGCUUGUCCAUCGAUAACUCUAUAGGGAACGUUAAGAAGAAUCAUGGGUUUGUGAUAAAUGCUCCUUCUUUGGAGAAAAUGGACUUUAAAGAUACAUUCAGUAACUUUCUAGUGUUUGAACAUAUGCCAGAGGUGACCGAGGCUAAUGUCCAGGUUCUUUGUGGCCAUUCUAACAUGUUCAUAGGAUCUCUUACCUCAGCCCGUCUUCUCUCUCUAUGUUGUCUAUCUUCAGAGACUCCAUAUCCUAGUGGCACUACUUUCCCUUAUCUUGAACAUCUAGAGCUAUGUACACGUUGUGCCGGAUGGGCCAAUCUACUUUUUUGUAUACUUAAAGACGCUCCAACACUCAAAUAUCUCAAGCUUAAGCCGCAACAUGGUGCCCAUUACAAUGGUCCGAUGAUCCUAUGGAAGAAAACAACAGCUGUUCCGGAAUGUUUAUCGACGCAUCUUGAGAUCAUGGAAUGGAGACAAUAUGAAGGCACAAAGCACGAGAGGAAUGUGGCUGCGUACGUGCUAGCAAACGCUACUUGUCUAAAGAGGGCGACCUUCUCAACAAGAUGUAGAAACAAACAUCAUCGCAGGCUCAGAAAGUUAAAGAAACUGAACAGAGUUUCAGAGACAUGUCAGUUAUUGUUUAACUAAACUCUUUUGUGAUGGUGUGUGUCUCUAGAAGACCUAUGAGUUUCUUAAGGUCCUCUUACAUUUUUCUCUGACUUUAUUUU